AUGUCCUGCUUCCCUCAGUCAGGCAAGACAUACCCAGGCAGCCGGCUCGCAUCCAGAACCGUCUCGGUGGCAGGGGGAGUCAACAUUCCUGCCACCGCGCUUCUUGCUGUCACAGGAGUGAUGGCUCUCCCUCGGGUGCUCCGUCUUUUGGCCACUGUCUUUACCACCAUAUUAUUUCUGAGCAUUGGAGCAAUGGCGCAAUGUCCACCCGGUGCUCCUGGCUGCCCUACCUUUCCCCCCAACAACAACCCUGAUUGCGGCACCGACCGUGGUGCUGCGGUAGUGACCUACAGUGUAACUGAUACCUUGAGAACUAUCUUCAGCAACGGCUGCCCCCCUUAUGACUGGAAUGGCUCAAAGAGCCCUGGCCCACCUGGACCCAAUGGCACCGCUGAGUUUGCCCACGCUAAACAAAGUCAGAUCAGUUUCAACAUCCCCCGACGCCCUCGAAUCCAGGCAGACAUUGGUGACGCUCUGCGACUGGAAACCGUCAAAGGGCCUGUGGGCCAGACGCUCUUCGGACCUCCCCUCUUCAGCCCUUUCGACAUCAUGGGGCGCGACGCGCUGGUGUUCGAGGGGGCCACGUUUGAUUCCUGCGGCGGCCACGUGGCCCCCGGCCCCGACCAGUAUCACUACCACUCCACCCCGGGAGAUGGCGCGGCGACCCGCCACCGAGAUUCCCGCAACCUCGAUUUUGAUGUCUGCGACCAGCUCAACUUUUGGAUGCAGCCGGACAGGAGAUGGUGGCACUCUCCUCUGUUCGGGGUCAUGGCUGAUGGCGUCCCAAUCUACGGACCCAGGGGGGAUUGGGGCCAGCUGCCGAAAAACCUGGACGAUUGCCAGGGGCACAAGGACACGACGCACCCGUACUACCACUACCAUACCACCAGCAACUUCCCCUACCUAACCACCUGCCUGCGCGGCUGCAUGGAUCCGAACAUCCAACGGGGGAGGAACUGGCAAGGCGUCAACUUCCCGGCUUGCAACCCUGGCUCUGAUCAAGCCCCGUACUACUGGCUCGACCUCGAGAUCCCGGGGCUCCUCAGCCUGUUCCAGUACGGGGGGAACAACAGGAAGCUCAAGUAGAAACCGUCUUGAGCCGACGGUUGAGUUCCGCUUGGAUCCCAGCAAUGGUCCACGCGCAGGGUAUGAGCCUGCUUGUUGUGUUUCGUAUUUACUAGUACAUAGUAUAAAGGACAGCGUCGCGGCGUAUGUACGUAUGUAUAAUAGAGAUUAUGUAGAGAGUUUGCCACUUUGUAGAGUGCAGCUGCGAAGUCAAGGAUCCAUCUCGUCGCACGUGAAAGGAAAAGCUUGGUGUGUGAAGAAAUACAUGGAGGUUCGAUCUGCCCUCAGAAUUAAUCAAAUCGUG